AUGACGGCCAAAGAGAUCAUUAAUGAUUUCAAGGAAAAUUAUGGGAAAGUUCGCAAGCUACUCGAUGAAGAUAGCAAAAAUGAUCCGGAAAAUAACCCUUACAUGUCUAAAUACAAAGCGAAAGAAAUAUUGAUAAAUAUAAGAGAUUCGCUUACACAAUUGUCUAAUUCAGAACCUAGUUUUGAUAAAAUCAAAUUGGAUGCAAUGCUCGGUACAGUGCUAGUAAAUAUCGGAAUAAUCGAUAUGGAAACUGAGGAGAUGACAGCUAGUGAAAAGGUUCUUACUGAAGCUGAAGAGCUACUAACGCCAAAUUCUGAGAAACCAGAAAUCGUUAUAACUCUGAUUAGCGCUUACAAUAAUUUAGCAACAUUGUCACAAUUUUUUGCCGAACAAAAUGGCUUCUUCCAGUCGAGGCACCACCUAGCUGCUGCAUCCAAAAUUCUAGAACAGUAUGAGUUAAGUCUACUGGAAACUGAUAAUAAUGAUGAGGCAUACUUGGCAAAAAUGGAGACAUUUAAGCAUAGAUCAGCCGAUGUCGCUAGAUGUUGGGCUAAGUACUGCCUCUUACUCAUGACUGCUUCAAAGGCAAGGCUGAUGAAUGAUGCUGAGAGAUUAAAUGAUGCCAUAACAGAUAUGUCUAAUUUAGAGUUAGAGGACACUGAAAAUAUAUGUGGGGGAGACAUGAAGCAAUUGGUUUUUGCAGAUUUAGAUGUAGCAAAAUAUGAAAGUAAGGUAACUGACAAAUUUUUACUCACAUAUGCAGAUGCACGAGAGGUGUUCUUUAAUUGUCAGAAUUGGUUAAACAAAGCUAAGGAAUAUUAUAAGUUGGACACACUAGCCUCAGAUUACAUUGAGCUUAUUCAGGAUAGCUCUCAGUCAUAUGCGUACCUUGCAUUUUUUGAAGAAGAUGAUGAGAGAAGAGCAAAGAUGCAUAAGAGGCGCAUAGACAUGCUUGAAGAUUUAAUUAAGGAAAUCAACCCCACAUAUUAUUUGCAGUUCUGUCGACAAUUGUGGUAUGAAUUAGGUGAAGUUUACUCAGAAAUAUUGAAUAUUAAGUUAGACAAAAUCAAUAAGAGUGCUGAGAAGCCUACACCUCAUGCGUUAAAGAAAAUUAAUAUGCUGUGUGAGAAAAGCAUUGAAAACUAUGAUAAUUUCUUGGACUCUGUUAAGGAUAAAAAUGGGAAAAUGCCAAGGAAAUUAGAAUAUGACAUAAUACGUCCGGUCAUCAGCGCUUAUGCCUUCAUAGGUAGAAACAGUAUGAAGAGAAUUGCUUUAGACAAGAGUAUGCAAUUAAAUAACAUAAAGCAAAGUUAUGAAUCAUAUCAAUCUGUGGUUGAUAUUUGUAAAAGUGACGAGGAGGCAGCCGCUAUGAUGGCGGAGGAGUUUAAUCUGUGUCAAGAGAUGGCCAAUAUACUGCCCAUUAAAAUAAAAAUGCUUGAAAGUGUCCAGGUGUCA